AUGCUGCAGACAGAAAGAAUCAAUCCCCAAGAGAAAAUGAUGUACCAAAGUUCGGUAGCACACAUGGACAUGAAAGGAAAUCUAUCAUCAAACUGGACUAAAUGGUUCCAAUCCUUCGAAAUAUUCCUGAUAGCAAGUGGAUUCAACUCCGAAACAGAUGAAAGAAAAGUCGCUAUGCUAUUACAUUUUAUUGGACCACAAGGUAUGGACAUUUUCAAUUCAUUCAACAUGGAAAGGUCUACAGUAAAAUUCAAAGACCUUAUUGAAAGGUUCAAAAGCCAUUUCGUACCUAAAACAAACCUCACUAUGGCUAGAUAUAAAUUUUUUACAAGACAUCAAGGUCAAGAAGAAAUCGAAGCAUUUCUUACUGAACUAAAAAACCUCGCAAAUGUUUGUGAUUUUGGUAACCUGAAAGAAUCUCUCAUCAAAGAUAUAUUCAUUUGCAACAUGAAUAAACGGCAUCUGAAAAUGAAGGAAAAGUUACUGGAGAAAGAACAAUCCCUGGAUGAAGCUGUUAAUACUGCAAAAGCAAUGAUUCUUUCUCAAGAAAAUGUAGAGAGACUGGAAAACAACGAUAUUCUUCAAGAGGAAUUCAAAGAAGUAUUGAAACAGUUUAAACAACUGCGGGAGGAGACAUCUUCCAGAAUCGACGAGUUGUCAAAGGAGAAAGAAGAAGCAGUGAAAAGACUAACAGAAGAAAAUAAUGCACUGAAAGAAAGAUUAUUUAGUGAAUCCAGCUCCUACGAAACAAGAACCAAUGUGCCAUUACCAACACCAAUUCAGUUAACAGGUGAUGUGAAGUCAAACUUGGAAUAUUUCGAAAAAAUGUGGAUCAAUCAUUUGAUUAUAACUAAUAUGGUGAAGGGUAGCGAAAAGGUGAAGAUCGCUAUGUUAUUAUCUUGUAUUGGAGAAGAGGCAUGUAAAAUAUUAUACAAAAUUGAGAACGUGAAUGAUGAAAACCAAACGGCUGAGAAUUUAUUGAGAAAAUUGCGAAAUCAUUUGAUACCUGAAUUGAACGUAAGAUUCGAAAGGUAUUUAUUCAAUACCGUUCAGCAGGAGGAAAAUGAAUCUUAUCAUGCAUAUUUCAUCAAACUGAAAUCCAUGGUGAAAACCUGCCGAUAUGAAGAUAAAGAAGAUGAACUGCUACUGGACAAAAUAAUUUGUUCAGUCAAGGAUAUGAAUAUUAAACAAAAAAUGUGAAUUUUGGAAGCCUAUGAUAAUGUACCUUGGUCGCUCGAGACUAUUGGUGGUUUUAACAGCCCAAAUGUCUGA